AACAGGACAUACUGAGACAGCAAAUGAUGCAUAGACUCCUCUCUAAACUGAAAGCUGCUUUAAACCAACAACCACUAAAUCUGGAUUAUUUGGAGUUCUUGACUCGUCAUGAGCUUGUUCUGUUUGAAUCUUUCUCUCAGCAAAUAGGCGGUCUGUCAGAGAUUACAGAGGCUCUACAAAACGUUCAUCAUCUGGUUCAGUGUGAAAUUAACAUCAGCUCUGUGGCCAUUAUUGAACUGGAAACAGAAGUUGGUCUGGGACCUGGCCACCCCAAAAUCGUACUAGAGAGAGAAAGACUCAAGAAUUUGUUGGACAUUCAGCUGCCAGUCAGCUGCAUUGCUAAAUGUCUUGGUGUUUCAAGAAGAACAAUCUACAGGAGGAUGCAAGAAUUUGACUUGUCUGUGAGAGGAACAUACAGCACAAUGAAUGACCAAGAGCUGGACAACAUCAUAUCGGCUAUCAAAAAUCAGAUGCCAAAUGCUGGCUAUCGAAUGGUUCAAGGACAUUUGGUUUCUAUGGGUCUCCGUGUUCAGUGGUGGAGAAUGAUGGCCUCCAUGCAUCGAGUUGAUGCUGUAGGGAUCUUCAAACGGAUCACAGAACUAGGCUGUGUUGUGCGAAGAAGCUACUCGGUGCGAGGCCCUCUCUCCCUGGUCCACAUAGACACAAAUCACAAGCUAAUAAGGUACAAUGUUGUGAUCUUUGGUGGAGUGGAUGGCUACUCAAGGAAGGUCCUGUACUUGGAUGCAGCAACUAACAACAGGGCAAAAACUGCAUUCUCAUUUUUCCUGAGAUCAGCCCAGCUUCACGGCUUGCCAUCAAGGGUUAGGGCAGAUCAAGGAGUAGAAAACCUGGACAUUGCACAUUUCAUGUUUGCCACAAGAGGAACAGGGAGAGCGAGUUUCAUAUCUGGAAAGAGUGUCCACAAUCAGAGGUUAGUCUUUUGA